CUCAUAUUGAACUGUUUGGGGCCUCUUUCAACUAUAAAUUUGCAGCCAAUCCUUCACUUCUCUUUCGUGCCAACUCUUUUCUACUUUCUUCUUUCCCAUUCUCUUCAUCUCAGUCUACUUAUUUUCGUUUACAAAGAAGCUAAAUUCAUGGGUUUUUUUUGAACCCUUGUUUAGUUUCCAAGUUUUAUUGUAUUUUUACAUUCUAACUCCCCUGUUCUCCCCUGUUUCUCUCUGUUCCACGAAAUAGAAAGCAAUUUUUUUUCUCUUUGGAUAACAAAAAUGUCCUCCUUAAGUUUCUGUCAAGGGUUACAAUCAUGUCUUGAGCCUUGCUUCAAAGAACCACGUGUUUUGGGGCUCAAUUUGGCUCCAAGAAAUUCCAUUUUUUCUCGAUCAGAUUCUCCACCUAAUUCUUCUUCUUUCAUUCCAAUUGACACCCUCAAAAAUGAGUCCCACACUGAAGAUAACAACGCCUACAUCCCAGCAAAUACAAACAGCCAUGAUUGUGACCUGAGUGAAGAAAUUGUUGACUUAGGCGGCUGGAGUUUCCUCCAGUGUAUCAACAAUGUUUCUUCUAAUCCUGAGACUGACAAAGUUUAUGUUCAUCCUCUUGUCAAACUUUCGGCUUUAUCUCUUAGUUCAAAGAGUCUCGAAAUGUGCACUGAGAGUCUGUGCAGCGAGACAGGUAGUGAUCAAAUUAGUCAAAACGGUGAUGAUAUUUCCAUGUUUUUAACAGAAGCAGAACCUGAGAUUUGCAUUUCAAAAGAAGAACCUCCAAAACUGCCUCAGAGUUUAAGCUUUGAGAGGAAAAGAACUAAUCGUUGUGUCAGUUUUCCUCCUCCUCUGACAUCUGUGUCUGGGUUUCAAGUGAGGCCUCAUCGUGAAGGAGGGCGUCUAGUUUUAGAAGCCGUCGCCGUCUCUUCUUCUCACACUUAUUUUCAUGCAGAACGCAGAGCUGGAAGGCUCAGGCUCAGCUUGAUAAGAGACAAAUUAGAUGAAGAGGAAGAAGAAGAAGAAGAAGAUUUCGGCGAGGAAGAAGUUGACGAUGAAGAAGAACACUAUGAUUAUGAAGAAGCAGAAGAAGCUGACCUGUGUGAGGACAUCGAAGAAAACAAUAAAAAGAUUAAGGAUGAAAAUGGAGGUGAAAAUCUACGGAGGCCUAGCGGAUGCAAGGAAGACGAACGUGGAAACAAAGGGUUGCUGACUUGGGAGCCAUAUUGGGUGGCUACUUGAACUCUCAAAGCUACCCUAUGGCUCUCUCUCCUUCAUCACCAAAUGGAGCUGCUCAUUGCCCAUUUUAGUUUUUUUUUUUCCUCUCUUUUUUUUUUUAAAUAAUUUUAGCCUAGGAGAUUCCGUACCAUGAAUUUCCUAAAAAUAUGUUAAUGGUAGUUAUUAUAGUUAUUGGACUUGGUCCUGUUUCUCUCCCUCA